CUUGUGGGUAGGGCAGGGGACGCCAGGGUUUCGGUGGAGAGUGAAGCAAAUGUUUUUGCCAGGAGUCCCCUCGGCUGGAGGCGGGGACAAGCCCUGCUUAUAUUGGGCUGCACUUGUUCGGCAGCGCGACAGACGCUCAGGACGCUGGCUGGCUGUGUACUCGUGACAGUCGCCGGGGCAGGGAGCGGGAUCGCCGCAAAGACACUUCAUUUUGGGGACGGGGCAAGUCGCCUGAGAGCACGAGUUCAGGUCGGCCGCCCUGGGGACGGCGCUCCUGCGAGCGCAGCACCUUUGCCCCUCGAUUGCGGGAAGGGAGCGAAGGUCCCUACAAGUGAUAAAAGAGAGGGAAACAACCCCAUCCCCGUUCUGAGAGCAGCCGGGACUGGGGUCGCCUGUGAGGAUCUUGGAGCAUCAUGGACCCCGAGGUGGCAGAGAAACCGGCCGAGCCGGGCGAUUGCUGGAAAUUUUCCGUCAUGUAUCUGUGCUUUUACGGCUUCAUGAUUCAGGUUAAGCCAGCAGAGAGCUUCAUCACUCCUUACCUCCUGGGACCAGACAAGAAUUUUACCAGGGAGCAGGUCACCAAUGAGAUUACACCGGUGUUGUCGUACUCCUACAUGUCUGUGCUGGUGCCCAUCUUCCUGCUGACGGACUACCUCCGCUAUAAGCCGGUGCUCAUCCUGCAGAGCCUCAGCCACGUGGCCAUCUGGCUCCUGCUGCUCUUUGGAACCACAGUGCUUCAGAUGCAGUUCAUGGAGUUCUUCUACGGGAUCACCAUGGCCGCCCGUGUCGCCUACUCCUCGUACAUCUUCACCUUGGUCACGCCCAAGUCGUAUCAGAAGGUGGCCAGCUACUCUCGCUCCUCUGUCCAGCUGGGCGUUUUCGUCAGCUCAGUGCUGGGCCAGCUCUUCGUCACGCUGGGAAACAUGCCCUUCUGCACCAUGAACUAUAUCUCCCUGGGCUGUGUGACCUUUGCCUUCACCCUGACCCUCUUCCUCAAGCGACCCAGGCGGACCAUGUUCUUCAACAGGAAGGCCCUGGAAGCCAACGGGGCUGUCAAGUACGAGGUGGAUGGCACGCAGCCGACCUCCAUCAUGCUGGUCAGCCAGAAACCCAAGGUUCACUGCAAGUGGGACUGGCGAGAUUCGGCGCUAGUGAAGAUGAUGAUGGAGCUCAAAAAUACUGUGCGAUCUCACCGGUUGAAGUUGUGGUCCCUCUGGUGGAUUUUUAACUCUUCUGGCUAUUACCUGGUGGUCUACUAUGUACAGAUCCUCUGGGACAACAUCUAUCCAUCUAGGGAAAACAGAGGCGUCUACAACGGAGGCGUGGAUGCUGUUGCAACACUACUUAGUGCCAUUGCGUCUUUCUCUGCGGGGCAUGUGACCCUGCGCUGGUCGCUGUGGGCGGAGGUGGUGAUCUUCAUCGUCACAGCAUUACAGGCUGGACUCCUCUUCCUCAUGAACACCACCAACAAUAUCUGGGUAUGCUACAUGGGUUUCGUCCUGUUCCGGAGCAGUCACCAGUUCCUGGUUCCCAUAGCGAUUUUUCAGAUCGCUGCAUCAUUGAGCAAGGAGCUCUGUGCUCUGGUGUUUGGAAUCAACACGUUUCUCGCCACCAUAUUAAAAACCAUCAUCACCUUAAUCAUCGCUGACAAGCGUGGACUGGGACUGCACGUCCACGACCAGUUCUUCUUUUACAUUGGUUACUUCUCACUGCUCGCAAUCAUCUACCUUGGCAGAGGACUGUAUAUUUUUGGUACCUACUACCGGGAGCACAAAGCCCACAGCUCACAGAAGGCAGAGACGACUGACAGCCCAACCGCAGAGCCGAAUCAGACUGAUGACCAGCCACAAGAUGCAGCCCCAAAGGCAUGAGGAGGAAGAAGGCCAUCACGGGUUGGUGGCAGUGGGUGGGAAG